AUGUCAUAUUUACAGCCAUCGACGCCGCCUUCUAUUACAGAGGUGAGGAAAAGCAAAAUUAGAAGAGACAGCAUAGAAUCAAAUACUACAGAUGUGGGAAGCAGUGAUUCUCUAAUGCAGGCGAAGGCAAAGACACCUUCAUCACGUCCAGAUUUACACCAGCAUCAGCGCCAACUUAUAACGCCGAAUACACCGUUUGAAACAUACAAGAAGCCGCUUUUAUCGCCGUCGAAAUCUUUUCGGCAAUCGGAAGACCAAAAGCAGCAUACUGGACAACUGGAAACACCAAGACAGACGCCCAGAUGGGGAGGAAACACCAGAAAGAGACUUGGGGAUGCUAUUGAGUUUAAGGAAAGACCAGAGCCGGUGAAUAGUGCGGGAACUUUUCUGUUUCCACUGGCAUCAUCAACAGUUGGUACUGGUCGAAAUUUCCCAGAGUUACGCUUUAGACAUGGGCCAGAAUCGCAUCUACAGCUGGGGGAUGAUCUUCUGAGACCGCAUUGUGCUGACAGAGAGACCCAAACACCUCAUUUAAGAAUGGAACAGUCGAUUUUGACCGUGAGAAAGGUGCGAAAACCAGCAAAGGGUCGCACUUUGAGCCGCGAGGAACAACUCAUGAAUUAUACGAGUGACGAGGAAAGCGAGGAUGAAAAACCAGAGCAGGGACUACGCAAAGUGAGCAAGAAGCUUGAGUUUGAUGAACCGGACUUGAUACCAGGUACAGAAAGCAUGCCAAGCGUGCCAAGUACUCCGAAAAACCAGCUAACGAGCAAAGAUUAUGCGUACAAGCAGUAUGUUGAGGAAAAGAGCGGGCUUUCCGACAACGAGGAGUUGGAAACGGGCAAGAUCAAACCAAUAAUAAAUCCAUUUGUGGGCCAAUUUGAGCAUAAGAGCAGACAUAUGCCCGAGGAAUACAGCCGGUUUGCACAUGAGGUCGAACUUGUGAACCAAAGAACCGGCAAGAAAGUCAUCAGAUCGCUAAAUGAAUACGAAAGAUCAAUCAAGCCAAAAAUCUUGUUUGCACAGGAGAACGAGGAGGAUUUGGCCGAGGUUGGGGCACAAACCCCACCUAACAAAACGCAGAUCCAUAUUCCUGGGCUUGGCAGAUCGUCAAUUGUUGAAGAAGACGAUCCAAACGAAAUUAUUAGACACGAGAGAAUUUUCAAUCCUUUCCGCGGCAGCAGGGGGAGUAAGCGCGGAAGAGAACCUGUGUCACGUGACCAGGACAGAGUUGAGGAGAUCGAGUAUAUCAACCAGACUUCUGGAAGAAGGGUGAAGAGGAAAAUGAGUCCCGAGGAGCUGGCUGUGAAGCCGAAAAAGCUCAAUUUCGAUGAUUGCUGA